UCAUUUUUUCAAGAAUCUUUCUUACGAGAAUCUUAAUAAAAAGUAAUCUCACAAAAAGUUGGAAUCGUGCACGCCUUUCUAAAGUAUCUCCGGCUCCGAUACUCCAUUUAUCUGGACUCUGUUAAGGGAAGUUUCAAUAUUUUUAUUGGAAUUGUCUGAGAUGAGUUGGCUCUGAAUCGAUUGGGACAAAAUCAAACCGGUUUAUUAGAAGCAAGUUGGGUUGAUAUGAACAGUCUUGUUAGAAGGAAACAAGCUGAUUCUGUUCAUCUUAUCAAAAACGAUGGACAUCAUCAGCUUGCCAAGAAACUAUCUGUGGUUGAUCUUGUAGCUAUUGGAGUUGGGACGACGAUUGGAGCAGGAGUGUAUAUUCUUGUGGGAACUGUAGCUAGAGAGCACACAGGACCUGCUCUUGCUGUUUCAUUUUUCAUUGCUGGAGUUGCGGCUGCUCUCUCGGCGUGUUGUUAUGCUGAGCUUGCUUCUCGCUGUCCAUCUGCUGGGAGUGCUUAUCAUUAUUAUGUCAUACAUUUGUCUUGGAGAAGGGUUUGUACAUUGUUUUUUUUUAUGUCAGGGUUACUGAGACAUUAAACGUGUACUUUGUUGUUAAUCUAGUAUAGAUUGCUAAAGAACU